UGGCCAGCAGCGCCGCGUGCCUUUUCCGCCGGGGCUCUGCAACACUGAGAGGGUCAGGGGCUGGCGCUGGCACGCCGCGGUGCUAUGCGCUGACGCCGAGGACGGGCAUGUGCAUGGUGAUUGCCUCUGGAGCCCGUUUAAAUUGGUGUUGGCGCGCGGCGGAUGCUCGCAGGCUCUCGCUUGCCUCUACGACUCCGUGCACGGUGUAUGGGGAAACAUCGUCUCAACGGCGACUACUCAUGUGAUCCAUCCGAUAAGGCCCAGCGUCCUCGUUGGAGAUGCGCUCUACUGGUUGUUUUCUGAUGGUGGCAUGCUCGUGUUUAAUGUUGAAGGCCAGACUCUUGGUGUGAUACAGAAGCCAGGGAAUGCCCACUGUACUGGAUUCUGGUCCUGUCAGCCCUUACGGAUAGAUGGCGGUAGCGGCCUUGGCCUCGCAGUUAUCUCGAAGAUGAACAUCCAGUUGUGGAAGAGGAAAUCAAACUGCAAUGGUGUUGUCGGGUGGGUGUUGAUGCACAAUACCAUUCAGCUCGAGGGGAUGUUUCCACGGGAAAUGCCCAGGGACGAUAACCGGGUGCUUUUGGUGGGGUAUGAUGAGGACACAAAUGUGGUUGUUCUAUCUACAAGAAUUGGAAGGUUCAUGCUCCAGCUUGAGUCGAUGCAGAUCAGGAAGAUUUCUGGAAGAAUGGAAAAUGGCAACCGUUUAAUGGAAUUUUAUCCCUACACAAAUUUCUACUAUACUCCAGGAAGGGUCAUUGCUGGUGGAGAUGGUGGAGCUGAAAAUGUGAAAAAGUACCUAGGCUUCUCUUCGGUCUGCCGAGAUGCUGUAAUGCUUUGCUGUGGGUUCUUCUGUUUUUGUAUGCUGUCGUCGCUGAUGUGGUUGAUGCUGAAAUCGAUGCCCUGUGUAGUUUCUAGGUUCUUCCGGCCUGCGUGACAUGUCAUGUGAAGUGGACUUGUAGGAUUUAAUCAUGUAAAUGUGCUUGCUUCUUUGUAUCAUUGCUACCGCCUGUAGACAUGAGUCCACUAGACAGCGGCUUGCGUGAGUUGCUUCGGAUAAUGCUUCGAACUGUCAGUAAAUUGGUACAUUGUGGUUCAUUUGCUUAGCAAGUUUCAGUGGGAGCUCUGCAUGUGCUCUGCAUUUUUUUUUU